UGGAUGAAGUUGUGUACGUGUUUUAUACUUCUCCCAUACCGGAAUAUUAAAAAACGGCAUUAGACCAAUGAAAUUUCGACAAGUCGAGUUUGGAUAGUAUGCUACCAGAUGAACAAGAUGCUGUAUUUUAUUUAAAAAGUUUAAAAUUUAAACAGUAUGUGUCUUUAAAUGUGAAUACUUAUUUUUAUGUCAAGUAUUUUAAUUAUAUAACUUUAAAAAUUGUAUUAAUUUCUCUCAAGUAAAAAGUAUUAAGUAUCAAAUAUUUUUACAUAAGUCAAUACAUUUUAUUUACAUUUAUAACAAAAAUAUAAAUUAUUGAUCAAAAAAGUAAUACAAUAUUUCAAUUUAAAAUGAAUAAUAUACACAUAUUGUUAGUAUGUGUAUUUUUCUUAAUUAAUGCAUUACAAGCACAAGCACGUACAUUUACUGAAGAAGAUUGUCCUGGUAACUACUUAAAAUUUGUAAUUAUUGUUCUAGAUAUAUUUUUAAAAUAAUUUUAUUUAUACUCAACAGUGUGUGUGGCUACAAUUGAUAAGUUUUCAAAAACAUUAGAAGGUGAAACCAACUUGAAAAAUAUAGAAAAUCAGUUCAGAAAAUAUUGUUUAUCUACAAAAAAUGACAAGGAAAAAAGAUUGGUUAGUAAAAUAAUACUUAAUUUUAACUAAAAUAAUAUUGUAUACCAAAAUAUUUAAAUUUAAACUGUAUUCUAAUUGUUUCAUACAUUAAUAAUUAUACUUUUAAAGUGACUAAGUGACAUUAAGUAACCUAAUUGGUUGAAGUUUAGCUCUUAGGCUCAAAUGAAAAAAAUGUCAUAAGAUUGAAAAACUAUUUCUAUAUUUUCUCUUCCCCUUACCUCAUUCACAUUAUGCAGUCAGAAUAUCCAUUUUCCUGUAAUAAUAUGCAAAGUUUUCAUUCACGUUAUAUAAAAUAAUAUAGAAUAUUAAAUUAAAAUACAGAUUCAUAAUACAUAAUGUAAUUAACUAAGUUUAACCUAUUAGUCUUUUUGCUACAAACUAUUACAUAAAAUAAAAAUAGCGAUCAUACAGCCGCAAAACCAUACAGUACCACGAAAAGUAGUUGGAAAAUUCAUAAAUCAAAAGUUUUACUACUAAUAACCUAUUUAUUGUUUUUUGAUAUUUUGAACAUUUGAAGCCGAUGUAUUGAUAAUGAAAUGAUAUUGCAGCGACCAUUAGAUGUGUGUAAAAUUUUCGCAUAUUCUUGUAGGAAAUUAGAUACUCUAACUGCAUAACAUGAAUCAGGUAAGGGAGUGGAAUAGAAAAUAUAAAGAUGGUUUUUCGAUAUUUUUGAACCAAAGGGCCAGACUUCAACCAAAUAUAAUAUUUACCUAGGCAAUUUAAAAAAAAAUAAUACUUAUUUAGUUGUUUAUUUGCACAAAGAUUUUGUAAGCAGCUGUCAAUUCUUGUUACCACAUCAUUUUCCUCUUUAUUAUUUUACACCUAUUUUAAAAACAGAAUAACAUGAUAUGUAUGAUGGUACCUUAUACUAGUAUUGGGAAUCUAUUAAUCUGUAUAUAUGAAAUAUAUUUGAUAAAUAUACACAACCUAACAAGUAUUGUAGAAUUUUUAAUCGCAGUAGGUCAUAACAUAUGAAAAUCGUGCUUUUAUAAAUUUAUUUUUAAAAAUAAAUGUGUUUUUUAUUAACAUAAAAUAAUAAAUAUAAUACAUAUUUAUGUUUUUUUUUUCCUAAUACCAAAUUCUACAUACCAGCCUUAAGUAUUGGAGUUUUGGUAUAAAAGAUUAAUCAUAUUAUUUAUUUUGGUUAUUUCAUACAAUAAAAUUAUGUUAAAUUACAGUGUUACUAUUUGGGUGGAUUAGAAGAUUCUGCAACUGGUAUAUUAAGUGAAAUGUCUAAACCAUUAUCAUGGUCCAUGCCAGCGCUCAAAGUCUGUGAACGUUUAAAGAAAAUGGAUGCUCAAGUGUGCGAUAUUAAAUAUGGUAUGUGUGUGAAAGCAAUUUUACAUAUUUAAAUAAAAUAUAUUAAAUGCUAAUGUAUUUACUUAUAUUAUACCCAUUUUAGAAAAAGAAAUAGACUGGAAAACAGUUAACCUAAAGAAAAUGAAAGUAAAAGAUUUGAAGAAAAUAUUAGACAAUUGGGAAGAAAUUUGUGAUGGUUGCUUAGAAAAAACAGAUUUUAUCAAAAGAAUUGAAGAAUUAAAACCUGCUUAUGUCAAAGAAGAGUUGUAAUAAAUGAAACUGAUUUUGAUGUGCAAUGUAAAAAUAUUCCAAUUUUAUUUUCUAUUACAAUAUUAUUUAUGUUUUUCAUAAUUAUUUAAUUUAUAAAAUAAAGGGAAAAAGUAAAAAUUUACAAAAACAAAAAAAAUAUGUAUAUAUAUUAAAUAAAAAAUUCUUUUUAUUAUUUGAAACUAAAACAUUUGUUGUUUUAAUAUUACAUUAUAAAUAGGGUAAAUUAUUCUUUAUUUCAUAUAAAAUUUAUAACUUAGAAAAAAUAUACUGAGUAUUGAAUCAGUCAGUUUACAAUACUUCCAUUGGACUUUGGCUGAGACUAUUGUCUGCAUGGGAAGAUAACAUAGAUGACAUUUCUUCCUCCAUUUCUUGCAGGUUUAAAUCUUCGUUCUCAUUACCGUUAGCUCGCAUUCCAUUGCUAGUGCCUGGUUGCUCAGAAUCAUCCCAAUUUAUCUUAAAUCUAGUUACUCUAGGUUCAGUACCCAAUAUAUUUCUUGUCAUCUUAA